GAUCCUAUCCAUUCUCACCGCGCCCACUGCCGCCGACGAUAACGCCGGCCGCCGCCCACCACUUCCGCCAUCCCGUCCGCUCCCAACGGUAGCAAGAAUGUGCAGGUUUCCCCAACCCAUCAGCAACCUCAACCGCAGCCGGUUUCCCCAACCCACCAACAGCAGCCGACAGGGAGCUAAUCCCCGGCUGUCGUUCUACACGUCGGUGACUGGAUCGGCGGUCAGGCAGCAGCAGUCCGCCGCCCCGUCCACACAGACGGCAGCAAGCAGCAGCAGCAUCUCCUCAAAUUUUCAAGAUCUGGAGAUGGGAUAAGUGAAAUAUGUGAAUGUGGAUCACAUUCACUUUAUGCUUGAAAGGAAUAACUCCGUUGGGCACAUUGACAUCGCCUCUGCUAGCCUACAUAUCACAUUCAGAUGGGGACGGAUUGCAAUGCAGAGAAAUAUGGGAGUGGAGACCGGAUAAUUCAGAUGAGACGAAAGGCUUGGGGGGCAUCUGCAGACUCUGCAGCCUCCCUGUUAGCAUGUUAACAACCUUCGUCAUCGACGGACGGUUUCUCGGGUUCCACUGGAUGCACCAUAGCCACCAGCAGUCCGCCGCCCCGUCCACACAGACGGCAGCAAGCUGCAGCAGCGCUUCGAUUCAUCUCCUCAGAUGUUCAAGAUCUGGAGUUUUUGCAGCAGAUCAUGUCCUGGGAGGAGAUGAUGGGUGCUCACCUUUCUCCUGUGGGCAUCUCCAAGACAUACGACCCCCUUUCCGUCGGCGAGGUGAUCCUCUUGAGUGCGGUGUUGAAGCAUACGAGCUGGGUUGUACCAGUAGCAAGGCUACAAUUCACAUCAACACAGGAACAUACUAUGUGACUGCCAUCAACUACACCGGUUCCUACUUCUGGGCCAUGGAUCCCAACUUCAAUACCAGUAGCAGCUGCCCUCUUCCACCGUGGAAUCAUGUUCCUUACGUUGGACACUACGGAAUUGAUUCAAUUUCACCACCUGGCUUUCGGUAUUUGGUCCCUCAAAGCUAUGAAGCAGCUUGUUUUGCUAAUUGUUCGCAAGCAGUAACGAAUAAUAGUGCAUACAAGCCCGUUGCUUGCCUGAGUGCCAACAAUUCACAUGUUUAUGUCUGGGUGUCUAAUUACACGUACUGUGCGGUUGAAGAUCUUGAAUCUUAUUGUGGAUACCUGGCAGAGAUUCCAUUUGGUAACGAGUAUUCUCCUGAUUGGCGACAGCUGCAGAAUGCAAGUUAUGCAGAUAUCACACAAUUCACAAGUAAGGGGUUUACUGUCCGAUUUCCUGUGGACACCAUUUACAGGAGGCCUUCUACUUCUGUGAUGUUAAGAAAGAACAUCAAUUUAUGCCUCAACAAUUCAAUCAGCUACUUCAAGGAGCAAAUAUUUGGCACAAGCAUUGUUAAUUGGACUCAUGCUAUUUUCUGGAGUGAGGUGCACUUCUUAGAAUGCGUGACUCAGAGCUCUAACAAUCACUACUACACAACAAAGUUGGUUUUGAUUGUUGCAACCAUAGUAUCUGCUAUUGCUAUCCCAAAGUUCUUUUUUGUAAUGUGCAGGUUCUUGUUGGCACCCCUGGCUGUAUGGAUAUUCCUAGCCUACAAGUACAUGAAAACAAGGCUCAUAAUUGAUGCAGUUGAGAAUUUCCUCAGGAUUCAACAAAUGAUUGGCCCGGCGAGGUACUCCUACACAGAUAUAGUUGCAGUCACAAGCCAUUUCAGAGAUAAAUUGGGCCAAGGGUGCUACGGCUCUGUGUACAAGGGCGUGCUACUCCCAGGCGGCGUCCAUGUCGCCGUCAAGAUGCUAGAGGGCAAUUCCAACUGCAAUGGAGAAGAUUUCAUCAGCGAGGUCUCCACCAUCGGCAGGAUCCACCACGUCAACGUGGUGCGUUUAGUGGGGUUCUGCUCAGAGGAAAUGCGAAGGGCCUUAGUCUACGAGUACAUGCCCAAUGGUUCUCUGGACAAGUACAUCUUCUCUACCGAGAAGAGCUUCUCAUGGGACAAGCUCAACGAGAUCGCUUUGGGCAUUGCCAGGGGGAUCAACUACUUACAUCAGGGGUGCGACAUGCAGAUUCUGCACUUUGACAUCAAGCCGCACAACAUCCUUCUUGACAGCAAUUUCAUCCCAAAGGUCGCCGAUUUUGGGCUCGCCAAGCUGUACCCUAAGGGAGACAGUUUCGUGCCACUGAGUGCCAUGCGGGGAACCAUAGGCUACAUAGCCCCCGAGAUGAUAUCCCGGAGCUUCGGCGUCAUAUCUAGCAAGUCCGACGUGUACAGCUUCGGGAUGUUGCUGCUGGAGAUGGCCGGCGGGAGAAGGAACGCUGAUCCAAAGAUGGGGUCCUCAAGCCAGGCGUACUACCCAUCAUGGGUGUAUGACCAGCUGACUCAAGAAGAAGCGGGCGAGAUAUCUCCGGUUGCUGCCAACAUGCACGAGCUGGAGAAGAAGCUGUGCGUUGUCGCAUUAUGGUGUAUUCAGAUGAGGUCUCGUGAUCGGCCGACGAUGAGCGAGGUCAUUCAGAUCCUGGAGGCUGGAGCUGAUGGCCUACAGAUGCCUUCGAGGCCGUUUUUCUGCGACGAAGGGCACAUCCACGUAGAGGACUCUUACCAUUUCACUUCGGAGCUGACAGCGGUCUCGGAGGAGGAAUUGACCGUGGUAUCGGAGGAAGACGACGGUGAGAUAUACAGUGUGUGAUCCACUUUAUCUUUGCAUAAGUGCACCUAUAUGUAUGUAUGUACGUAUCAGUGAGUGAUGCACUUAGCUUAUGGUUGUAACAGUAUGAAUGAAUGUAUUGUACAAACUGCCUUGCUUGUUUGUUACCGGAGAAACAAACAGAGUAACUUCAAAUAUGUUUGAAAUCUGAC